CGAAUACUCACCCUCAACUUACCUCCAUCACUUGAAAAGAGAAAGAGACCAGAGCUUGAGGCUCACGGGAAUCUCACCGAUGAUGAAGGAAACUGAUGAGAUCGCAGAAGCUUCAUCGAAGGGACCCAAGUCGUCUCUCAAGCAGAAGGCUAUUUCCUCCACAAAAGUCAACCCUGCUAAAGCAACUCUGGGCGCAAAAAGUUCACCACAACCAACGAUGGCAGCAACUACGGCAGAAGGGCCAGUCGUCAACGAUUCAAUUUUCACAGUCAUCAACAGUGAUGGCACAACUUCUUACUACACAAGCACCGGCAAGCUGAUCAACGGCGAGAUUUCAAGACCCACCGAAGCCACAAAGGAAGUCACAGAUAGCGACCGUGUCACUGCAAAGGGCGCGCUCAAUCUACGCUCAAAGAAGACCGAGAGAAUGAAGCGAAAACUUGAGAAGAAGACUGCAAAGUCCUCAGCUCGCCGGACAACUCAACUCCUCGACCUUCCCAAUGAGACUCUCGUCGACAUUAUCAGCAACAUGCUUCCCAGCGAGGUUUUGAAGACUGCCCAGACCUGCAAGACACUCCGCAAGCUCAUCCAACACAACGAGAAGCUUCUCUCGCGCAAAAUCAUCUCUCAACGAUACCCUGUUCUUUCCAAGUGCUUCCGACUCCCUGUCACACUUGACGAGAUCGACCCAGAACUUCACCCAGUCCUCAAGAAUGACGCCAGAAUCGACAUGCUCGGCAUCCACCGGCGAUACGUCCACAUCCCUCAACCGGAGCCCUACGUCUUAUGCACCUGCCUCACCUGCGUCUUACGCUGGCAGGCCUGCUGUAUCAUUGUCGACUUCAACAAGUGGCGCCCCAACCUCGACUCUGGGGUUCCCAUUACCAUCAUGCGCCGGGGCCAAGACGCUUCGUGGAACAUGGUCUGGAAAGACAGAAUCACAGACAUCGUUCUCCACGCCAUCCGCUCUCCGCUCGCCUACGCUCAUCUACUCGAGGUCCAUCUCAACAACACCUGUGCCGCGAUCAAGAGACAGAGAGCGAACAAGGGUAACCGCCGUCGGCACUUCGCGAUGUCCGAGGCCGACGCGGAGUCCCUCACAGACGCCUUCUUGGAGGGGAACGGUCCGCCUACCAUCGAUCUUCCCUACUCGCGGGAUAACUAUUACAUGCUCGAGGCGUACAUGCCCGCAAGAACCUGGCUCAAAGACGAAGAGAAGUGGGUCUAUAUCCCGGCGGACUUUCACGAUAGAGACCUCGAUUGGGUCGCGAAGCGAUGGGGUCCGGAAUGGGGCGUCACACAUAAUCGGGACAGGCCUAACGAGCAGAUGAUGGGACCGGCUUAGAAGGCUAAAAGGAACCUUGAUUCUUACCGUACACAUGCCAUGUGCCACGCUCGUCAUCAUCCGACGGACUAUGACGGCCCGCUGAUUCCUGAGUCAGAGAUGUGCAAGACCAGCUUGGCCCACCCAGGAGGCAGAUUAGAGGAGGUUUUCAUUUGCCAUAG